ACUAAGCAUUAGAUAUUGAUCGUCUGGGUUUGGCGGGUUUGUGUGUGACUUAGGACUAACAAUGGAUUUGAGUCUGGAUGACAUUAUCCAGCAAAAGCGUAUAAGAGUUGGAAGAGGACGAGGUAGAGGCCGGGGUGGAGAGUCUCUGCGAGGUGUCCGUCGUGGUGGAGUUGCUCGACGCAAUGCUAACGGAAUGUCUCGUGUCUUACCUGAUAAAUGGCAGCACGAUAUGUUCCAAGAUGGCCGGAGUCCAAAGGCUGCAAGUAAUACUACUGGAACCGCUACCAGACUUCACAUUUCAAACCUGGAUUUCGGUGUGAAUAAUGAUGAUAUUAAUGAACUCUUCCGAGAAUUCGGUGCAAUUCGAAAGGCGACGGUUCAUUAUGACAGGAGUGGUCGUUCUUUGGGGACCGCAGAAGUCGUUUUUGUCAAUCCACUGAGUGCAACUAAAGCCAGAAACCAUUACAAUGGCGUACCGCUUGAUGGACGUCCCAUGGUCAUCCAGUUGGUUGGCGCAGCAACUGAAACUACCACAACUACACGUCCACGUGUUACUCGUCCUCGUGGUUUUCCAAUACGCCGUGGCUUUGGACGUGGUCGAGGUCGUGCUCGCGGUCGCGGAAGGACACAGAAACCGACUGUCACGAAAGAAGAGUUAGAUGCCCAGUUAAUCGCGUAUAAUGCACAGUUAUCUUAAUGUAAGAUAUGGUGCGUUGGCUUAAACACUCGACUUUCAUUCAUUGGGUCCUUGAUUUGAGUCCUGCUUGACCCUGUCUUCAGUGUGAGCAACUGAGAAAUAUCAUUAGCCCCCUCAAAUACAGAAAGAGUAUGGCUUACAGCACAGUGCUGGGUAAUUGAGAUCUAACUAAGAGCAUACAAGCCUCCCACGGAAGUCUUCUUUUCAUGACGUUAUAGACAAAAUGGUCCGAGUAAAUAAAUCAGUUUGUGACAAAAAAACUAGAAACAUGGCUGUAAUUGUGAACCGGUUGAAUGAAAAUUUCAACGAA